AUGGGAUGUGGGUAUCGUCACGUCGGAAAUAGUGUGGAUGUUAAUUUGGGUGUGAUAACUUCUAUAAAUUGCGGAUUAUUUGAGAGUAGAUUCUUUGACAAAAUAAAUGCUCCAGUCUUUAAGCCUUCCAUAAUGCCUCAAAAGAAACUGGCGUCGCUGACUAUAGAUGGUGAACCUGAAGGUGAUGAAUACGAAGUGGAGGAUGUCAUCGACUUCAAAUUUAUCCGAGGACAGCCAAAGUAUCUAGUCAAAUGGAAAGGAUUCCCCUCAGAGGAUAAUACAUGGGAACCUGAGGAAAAUAUGACAAAUUUGCCAGCAUUCACUAAUAAAAUGGCUCUCAUGAAGGAAGCAUAUGUAUCCUCUAAAAAUUCAAAUACUAAGAAACUUAAAAAAAUGGACUCAACUACUUCACAAGACAACGCCUCGACCACAGACUCGGUUAUGCCUCUCGAAAUUAGUAUUGGCAGCAGAAAAACAAAAAACACCUCUGAUACCACAAAUGUGGACUACAAUAAUAAUGGCGUUAAAUCUGAAAAGGAAGUCACUGCGGAAGAUAAGGAAGGGUUCACUGCAACAUUCCCAGAAGAAGCUGUUGAAGUGGAAGAUCUACUCGACUAUAAGCCAAGAUUCAAAAAGGAUUACUUUUUGGUCCGAUGGAAGGGUGAUUGGGAGGAUUCCUGGGAGCCCCGAAAGAAUCUACUCAUUGUAGGAGAUUUGAUGAGCAAAAUGAUAGACCUCAAGAUGAGUUACUUGAGGAUUUAUGGGCCAUCUGAGAUGGAAGACGAUAUUUUUGUAACAGUUCAGUCUAUACGAAUCAGUGGUACUGCCACUCUAUCGGCCGUGGUUGUAGAGGUAACGAGGGAUACUGAGAAACGUACUUUGCUGCCACUACAGGAAGUUAGGCAGAGAUGGCCACAACAACUGUUGGACUUUUUGCUAUCGAGAUUAAGAUUGCGCACAUCUCCUGAUCUGUCCGAUGGCAAGCAAACCACCGGGACACAAAUUGUUCCCCUGAGAUGA